AAUACUAAUUUUGCUGACGGGGAGGAGAACAUCAAUUUCUCUACAGAACUGUAUUUUCCUCGGCCCUGCAAGAGUUAAAUAAGAUAACAAAAUGAUUCAUAGCUUAUUUAUGAUUAAUAAUUCUGGGGAUGUUUUUAUGGAGAAACACUGGAAAAGUGUCAUUGGCCGUUCAGUGUGUGACUACUUCUUUGAAGCCCAGAACAAGGUCAGUUGCCAUGACGAUGUUCCAGCCGUGAUCCCCACCCCACAUCACUAUCUCAUUAGUAUCUACAGAAAUCAACUCUUCUUCGUCGCUGUGGUGCAGAACGAAGUUCCUCCACUCUUUGUCAUUGAGUUCCUUCACAGGAUCUUUGACACUUUCAGCGAGUACUUUGGCGAAUGCACGGAGAGCACCAUUAAAGAGCACUAUGUGGUGGUGUACGAGCUUCUUGAAGAGAUGCUAGACAGUGGUUUCCCACUGGCCACAGAAUCCAACGUCCUGAAGGAGCUAAUCAAACCACCCAACAUCCUGAGGACUGUAGUCAACACUGUCACCGGCAGCUCUAAUGUCUCGGACACGUUACCCAGUGGCCAACUUUCCAACGUCCCCUGGAGACGUAGCGGGGUCAAGUACACCAACAACGAAGCGUACUUUGACGUCAUUGAGGAGGUGGACUGCAUCAUUGAUAAGAGUGGUUCGGUCGUGUUUGCUGAAAUCCAAGGCCAUAUAGAAUGCUGCGUCAAACUGUCUGGUAUGCCCGACCUCACCAUGUCGUUUGUCAACCAUCGCUUGCUGGACGAUGUCAGCUUCCACCCCUGUGUCCGAUUCAAACGUUGGGAGUCAGAGCGAGUGUUGUCCUUUGUUCCGCCCGACGGCAACUUCCAGCUGUUGACCUAUCAUAUAGGAGCUUCAAGCUUGACUGCCAUUCCAGUCUACAUCAAGCCUAACAUCUCCUUCCGGGACAGCUCAGGACGGUUUGACCUGACCAUUGGUCCGAAGCAGACAAUGGGAAAGACUGUUGAGAAUGUGAUGAUCACCUCGGACAUGCCCAAGCAGGUCCUGAACAUGAACCUGACCCCGACCCAGGGCAGCUACAGCUUUGAUCCGGUCAACAAGACGCUCUCCUGGGAGGUGGGCAAGAUCAACCCCCAGCGCCUGCCCAGCAUCAAGGGUACGGUGUCCCUACAGAGCGGUGCCCCGCCCCCCGAGGCCAACCCCACCAUCAAUGUGCAAUUCAGCAUCAGCACACUAGCCAUAUCCGGGGUGAAAGUCAACCGACUUGAUAUGUACGGAGAGAAAUACAAGCCCUUCAAGGGAGUCAAGUACAUUACCAAAGCAGGCAAGUUCCAAGUUCGGACAUGAGUCUGAGGGAAUCAAGAAUUUGCACAGUAGAAUUGUGAGCACCACGUUAUUGUUAGAUAAUCCCAGUGUAUCGUCCAUGUACACGAACGCGGUAGUCUUUGUCACAAUUUGGUUGGAAUCAUGUAAAUGUGUCGAUCCUGUGAUCUGAACCCAGUUUGGACAAAUUUUGCCAGAAAUAUGUACUGUAUUAUAUAAAUUUUCCCCGAAAAGUAGAACCAAAAAGAAUGAUUAUUCACAAAUUUAAAAAUCUGUUAAGAACAAUGUUCAAUCACAGCAUUACACUUACCCAGAUUCUGAACUUUGCUUUGGGGCUCAUUUGCGACUUCGUCUUUGAACAUUUUCAGGCUGCAAGUUUUAAGCUCUGUUUAGGUAAAUUGAGACACUUACAUGGAAUAGCAUCUGCUCCUGGCGGAACAAAAGAGGGCGUGUUUUUUUGGUACUCAGCGCAAAGGCGCACGUUUACAAUGGAGAUCAAUGGUGCCUUU